CCCAAAAAUCCCCCAAAAAUCCCCCAAAUCCUCAGGAAUUUCCCAUUUUACUCAGCUUUGGGUUUUCCCAGACUUUCUCUCCCCCAAAUUCCGAUUUUUCCCUAAAAAAAUCCCCAAAUCCUGAGGGAAUUCUGCUCCUUUCCAGGGCUUCUGCAGCCAUGGACAUCGAGGACUGCAACGCCCGCUCCUACAUCACCGGAAUCUGCUCUUCCUGGAAGGUGAGCGGCUGCGUGCGCCCGGCCAGCGCCGCCCUGCGCCCCGCGGGGAUCCCGCGCUGCUUCCCGGGAAUCCCGAUCCAGGGAUCCGCGGGAUUCCUCCCGCAAGGCCGUGGGGAUUCCCCCCUGGAGCAGGAAUUCCACUCGGCCGUGGGGGGAGGGGCGGCCCGGAGCCCCCCCAGCCCCCGCUCGUCCCCACGCUCCCCUGCCAAUUCCAUCAAGGUGGAGAUGUCCUCAGACGAGGAGUCCCAGGGCCGGCCGGGCUCCCGGGAGGGCCGGGAGGGGCUGCCCGAGGAUUCCCUGCCCGAGCCCUUCCCGGAGCCCUUCCCGGAGCCGCACUCGCCCGGCGGCAUCCGCCUGCCCAACGGCAAGCUCAAGUGUGACGUGUGUGGGAUGGUCUGCAUCGGGCCCAACGUGCUCAUGGUGCACAAGCGCAGCCACACCGGAGAACGGCCCUUCCAGUGCCAGCAGUGCGGCGCCUCCUUCACGCAGAAGGGGAACCUGCUGCGCCACAUCAAGCUGCACUCGGGGGAGAAGCCCUUCAAGUGCCCCUUCUGCUCCUACGCCUGCCGGCGCCGCGACGCCCUCAGCGGGCACCUGCGCACCCAUUCCGUCUCCUCCCCGACCGUGGGCAAGCCCUACAAGUGCAGCUCGUGUGGCCGCAGCUACAAGCAGCAGAGCAGCCUGGAGGAGCACAGGGAGCGCUGCCACGGCUUCCUGCAGAGAGAGAGCCCCGCACAGACAGGUGAGAAGCAGAUGCGCUUCGCCCUCUCGGAGCUGCCCUUCGAUGUCAGCCCCGGCUUCGACAAGGACGUGGAGGUGGUUCCGUCCCGCGGGCACGCCCUGGAGCCGCCCUACGCCGGCCCGCUGUCCCUGCUGGGCGCCGGGGACCCUCUGCGCCCGCUCCGCCUGGCCACCAACUGCAUCACCGAGGUCACGCCGGUCAUCAGCUCCGUGUACACCCAGAUCCAGGCGCUGCCCGCCCGCCUCGAGCUGCCGCGGGGCCGCGACUCCUCCGAGGACGGCGCCGAGGGCAUCCCGGUGAUCUUCCGCAGCCGCGGCGGCGGCGGCGAUGGCGGGGGAUCGCCGUCCAACGGCUGCCAGGACUCCACGGACACCGAGAGCAUCCAGGAGGAGCGGGCGGGCGGCGGCAGCAGCCGGCACAGCCCCGCCUACGCCAAGGAGGAGCCCAAGGAGGAGCCGGACGGAGCGGCGCGCUGCUUCCCCAAGGAGUCCCUGCGUGUGCUCAACGAGGAGGGCGAGCAGCUGCGGGCCUUCUGCUGCGAGCACUGCCGCGUGCUCUUCCUGGACCACGUCAUGUUCACCAUCCACAUGGGCUGCCACGGCUUCAGGGACCCUUUCGAGUGCAACAUCUGCGGCUACCGCAGCCAGGACCGCUACGAGUUCUCCUCGCACAUCGUGCGUGGGGAGCACAAGAUAUGAGGUGGGAAAAACUCCCCUUUUCCUGCCUCAAAUUUCCUGAUUUCACCCCAAUUUCACCCCGAUAUUCCCCUCCUACAUUGUGCUCGGGAAACACAAGAUACGAGGUGGGAAAAUCCGCCCUUUCCUGCCUCCAAUUUCCUGAUUUCAUCCCGAUUUCACCCCGAUAUUCCCCUCCUACAUUGUGCUCGGGAAACACAAGAUGUGAGGUGGGAAAAACUUCCCCUUCCUGCCUCAAAUUUCCUGAUUUCACCCCGAUUUCAUCCCGAUUUCACCCCGAUUUUCCCCUCCUACAUUGUGCUUGGGAAACACAAGAUACGAGGUGGGAAAAUCCCCCCCUUCCUGCCUCCAAUCUCCUGAUUUCAUCCCGAUUUCACCCUGAUUUCACCCUGAUUUUCCCCUCCAUUCGUGCUUGGGAAACACAAGAUACGAGGUGGGAAAAACUCCCCCUUUCCUGCCUCAAAUUUCCUGGUUUCGUCCUGAUUUCAUCCCAGUUUUCCUCUCCUACAUCGUGCUUGGGAAACACAAAAUGUGAGCUGGGAAAAACUUCCCCUUUCCUGUCUCCAAUUUCCUGAUUUCACCCCGAUUUUCCCCUCCUACAUCGUGCUCGGAAACACAAGAUACAAGGUGGGAAAAACUCCCCCUUUCCUGCCUCCAAUCUCCUGAUUUCACUCCGAUUUUCCCCUCCAUUCGUGCUCGGGAAACACAAAAUGUGAGGUGGGAAAAUCGCCCCCUUUUCUGCCUCCAAUUUCCUGGUUUCACCCCGAUUUCAUCCCGAUUUUCCCCUCCUACAUCGUGCUUGGGAAACACAAGAUAUGAGGUGGGAAAAACUCCCCCUUUCCUGCCUCCAAUCUCCUGAUUUCAUCCUGAUUUCACCCCGAUUUUCCCCUCCAUUCAUGCUUGGGAAACACAAAAUGUGAGGUGGGAAAAUCCCCCCCUUCCUGCCUCCAAUUUCCUGAUUUCACCCCGAUUUCAUCCCAGUUUUCCUCUCCUACAUCGUGCUCGGGAAACACAAAAUGUGAGGUGGGAAAAACUCCCCCUUUCCUGCCUCCAAUUUCCUGAUUUCACCCCGAUUUAAUUCCAAUUUUCCUCUCCUACAUCGUGCUCGGGAACCACAGAAUGUGAGCUGGGAAAAUCCCCUCCCCCAGCCUCAAAUUCCCCUUUUUUUUCCCUCGAUUUUCUCCUCUCAUUUCCCCUCCCACAUGGUGCGUGGUGAGCACAAGAUACGAAGUGGAAAAACUCCCUUUCCUUCCUCCAGUUUCCUGAUUUCAUCCCAAUUUUCCUCUCCUAAAUCGUGCUGGGGAAACACAAAAUGUGAGCUGGGAAAAAUCCUCCCUUCCUGCCUCCAAUUUCCUGAUUUCAUCCCAAGUUUCCCCUCCUAAAUUAUCUGUGGUGAGCACAAGAUACGAGGUGGAAAAUCUCCCCCUUCUUUUCUCCAAUUUCCUGAUUUCACCCAGAUUUUCCCCUCCCAAACACAAAAUGUGAGGUUGGAAAAAAAAAAAAAUCUUCCCUGCCUCAAAUUCCCCUUUUUAUCCCCAAUUUUCCCUCUCCCAUCCUUAGGGCAUGGAACUGUUGGGUUGUGUUGUUCUUAUUUUAUUUUUUUUUUCUUUUAUACUCCUUUGCACUGACUUUGGCUAUAAAAAAAACAGGAAAAAAAACCAAAACAAAAAAGUAUUUAACAAAAAAAAAAAACCCCAAAAACCAGAAACCCACCCCAAAAACCCAACUGGCCCCGCCCAGGGGGAGCCCUAAAUCCUUUUUAUAAACGAAGUUAUUUAAAUAUUGAAUAGGAAAAGA